AUUAAGAAUUAUGGAAACAACAAAAGAAAAAUCUUGUGUUUGGCAAGGUUAAUCUUAUCCCUGUUGCCGACACAAAAAAUCUAGCUUCCAAACAUUCGAGCUGGAGUAAAUCCAGUUCCAAUUCCGAAUGCCCUAGGGCCUAAGCUGCUACUGCGAGUAAUUAUGGAGGAGAACCGCUGCAAAUUCUGGCUCCCCAGAAAGAAUCGAUCCUGUGCUAAUGCUCCCCUCAACGGUUCUCCCUUCUGUGGCAACCACAAGCCGAGGUCUGAUAGCCAGUGGAUCCCUUGCCCAAUCGACCCUUCCCACUCUGUUCUUCAAGAAAACCUCGAGGGACAUGUUAAAAGAUGCCCAUUAUUGAAACAAACCCAAUCCUUGUCCCUUCAGCCAUAUUACCAGAAGGGCAUUAAUGCUGGCAAAGAAGAAGACAAUGCCAUUACAUCGGAAAUGAAGAGGAUUGCAGUUUAUAGCAUGACUGUAUCUGAAUUUUAUGAAUUAAUAAAGAAGAUUGAGUCCAUUCAUGCAACGAUAUGUGAUGAUAUUUCGGAAUCGUAUAAGAUUCCCGAGGCUUGUAACAUGUGGAUUAAGAGAGAAGUAGACAGUAAAUUACCAUUUCAAGAGAAACAUGUCAAGCAACAAGCAUCAAUUAUUGGAAACUUGGAGUAUUUCGGGGUGAUCAAUUCUUCUCUUGUAAAGGAACAAUGUGACGUUGAGGGUAUAAGCCUUGACAAAAUUGAUUCUCGCCCUGCAGUGGUUGAAUUUGGAGCAGGGAGAGGAUACUUGACACAGAUGUUAGCAGAUUGUUACGGGAUUGAUAGGGUCUUUUUGGUUGAACGAAAAUCAUAUAAACUUAAGGCUGAUCGAUCCUUGCGACAGAAAGAGAGUUUGAUAUUGGAGCGUUUGAGAAUUGAUAUAGAGGAUUUAAACUUAAAUGCUGUUGAGUCCCUGCGAGGAGUCCCUUUUCUGGCUAUUGGUAAACAUCUCUGUGGGCCAGCAACUGAUUUGACACUAAGAUGUUGCCUCUCCGAACAAGACAGUGAGCGCAGUAUGGAACAGUGCCAUGACAAUGAUUCCCUUAAGGGCAUUGCUAUAGCGACAUGUUGCCAUCAUCUUUGCCAGUGGAAGCAUUAUGCAAACAAAAAAUUCAUGGUGGAUUUGGGGAUCACGAAGGAAGAAUUUCAUGCAAUUACGUGGUUUACUAGCUGGGCAGUAGAUGCUGACCAUGGAUCAGAUCUCUCUGUUGAUAGCAGUUUGCUUCUUCAGUCUCUGGAAGAGGAACAGCACGGAGGGGAUGUUAAUGGGAUUGAAGAUGUUGUGAGAAAUAUGAAAGCAGUUGAGAGGGCUGUGUUGGGUUUUAUGUGUAAACAGAUCAUUGAUAUGGGAAGGAUGAUGUGGGCAAGGGAACGAGGAUUAGAGACACAGCUUGUUAAGUAUGUCCCAUCAAGCAUCUCUCCUGAAAACCAUUUAUUGAUUGCUAAACAUGCCAAGUGCUCAUGAAAAGCACUGGAUUUGACAUUAAUAUUUUUGAAAGCCUUUUUGUUGCCCCCCAAGUAAACAGAGAAUAGGUUAACAUGCUAGUAUCAUUUGGCAUCCGUGAUGGAUGUCCACGUCCCAUUGGUUGAUUUGCAAAUGAUUAUUAACACAGUUUAGGUUUAGCUGCCGGAACAAGAAUUUGAUUAGUUUGUGUGAGGCUGCAUUUCCCUUCUUAUCUUCAUGGGGGAAUGCAAAUGUAUAUCAUGACUAGACAAUUGUUCUUUGCUUGUUUUAUGGAUCAAUAGCCUUCUUAUCUUAUUACUAUUUUAA